GCCGGUUGGAAGCAAACUGUGGGCGCACGGGGUUUUUAUUAUUGUAAUUCAUUGCUUUCAAAACUCUGAACUUUAACGGUGCAAAGCGGUUAAAUCAUUGCGCAGAAAAUGAGCUUUUGGUGCUGUAUCAAAACUAAGAUUGUAUUGUGACGGUAGCCCCAUCGAAAAUACUGAACUUGAACGCUUCACCCAGCCUGCCAUUUAGUUUCUGCCUUUUUUUUUAAUCGCUCCAGUGACAGUCUUGCAGGGCUGAAAAUGGACAAGAAGAGGUGAAGGGCGAUUUGAUGGACUUCGGUGCUGACAAAUGGGAAAUGAAGAAAGCGUGGGCUGAGCAAUUCAGAAGUAACUAUUUGGCAGGCGGGCGGGGUAUGAGCGUGCCUUUAAAAGAAGACGAUUAUACCGGGACUUCUGAGAGUUGGAGAACUAAGUGAAGGGAAGAAAGAUGAUUGGAAUUGAAACUCAAGGUGCAAGCAGUAAAAUCCUGACACUUGUGAACCAGCUAAAUGUACAACUAGAACAGGAACCAAAAUAUCAGCCAAGGAUAAGUGGUUUGAAAGUCAUUGAAUCAGCACAUGAGAAUGGAAUUCGGAUGACUGUGCGACUGAGAGAGUUUGAAGUCAAGGAUCUCCUCAGUCUGUCCCAAUUCUUUGGGUUUAGUACUGAUGCAUUUGUCCUGGCUGUUAGUUUGCUUGAUAGAUUUCUAGGGUUGAUGAAGGUGCAGCCGAAACACUUAUGCUGUGUUGGCCUGUGUUGCUUUUACCUUGCUGUGAAAGCAACUGAAGAAGAGCACAGUAUUCCACUUGCCAGUGACCUGAUUCGAAUCAGUCAGUGUAGAUUCACCAUUUCAGAUAUGAUGAGGAUGGAGAAUAUUAUACUGGAAAAGUUGCGCUGCAGGGUGAGAGGUCCAACUGUCUUGGACUUUCUGCGACUAUAUCACAAACUCAUUCUGAAUUGUUCUUCAUCUGAAAGGAAAAAGAUGCUGAAUCUUGAGCGACUUGAAUCCCAGCUUAAAGCUUGUAAUUGUCGCUUUGUAUUCUCGAAAACAAAAGGAUCCACAUUGGCACUGUCAAUCAUUGCACUCGAGGUCCAAACACAGAAAUUGCAUGAAUUAACAGAGACCAUCGAGAGUCUACAGCAACAUUCCAAAAUCAGUGACCAUGAUUUGUUCCAUUGGCGAGAUCGUGUUGCAGAAUGUUUAGCAGAGUAUUCAUCAUCUAGGUGUUCCAGACCUAGUAGCAAAAAGCUCAUGUGGAUUGUAUCACGACGCACAUCCGGGCAACUUCAUAGUUACCAUCGUAUAACUCCUCUUCCAACAAUUCCUGAAACUGCUACUUAUACCUAAUGAGAAUUGUAACACAUCAUGAACCAAAAGGAACGAUGCUUGUCAGAUUAAGUGCCUCAAUAGUUAGCCAAUUUUGAUCAUCUUCACCAGAUGUCUCCCUGAAGAGCUGCAGCUUGCAGUGAAGUAGUGCAUGGGAUGUAGUUCUGAAAAGCGCGAGCAGCUGUUUCACUAUUGCAUUUCUAAACAAUUUUUAAGUUACAUGACAGUUGAAUGCAGAGUUCAAGCAAAGAUUGAACUUUAUACACAAUCAUUUAUUUGAUUAUCAGUUUAACUUAAUUAAAAGCUUCACUUAAGAUUAAGUUAAGAAAUAAUUGCACAUGACUCCAUCUUUUGGAAAAUGGAAAUCUAUUGAUAGUCCCCCUGGCAACUUCCAUUAUCAUACAGGUCACUUAUUAAUCUGACCUUUUUUUCCUCCCACCUCGAACCUGAAGAAUCGAGUUGCAGUUAGAUGCAGCCAGAUCCUAGAAGUGGACUAAAAACUGAUUUAUUUGCAGUCAUUUUUUUGAGUUUACUUUUGCAUAUUUGGCAGAUGUAACAUCUGUUUUUAUUUGUCAUUUCAAUGACUGAGAUGAACCUAUGGUUUCAUAACACUCCCUCUAUUCUUUGCAGCCCUGACAAACUGUGGGGAGAAUUUAAUUGAGUAUGCAUGAUGGUGAGAGGUGAUGGGAAUAUCAGGUAGGAAUACACCCAUCCAAUUCCUGGUGUUGGGAAAGCUGUCCCCCGUUAAAUCAGGGAGGGAAGGAGUUGACAUAGGAAUCUUGUUACUCUUUGAUUUUCCUAAACUCUACAAUUUUGCAUUUGCACACAGUUGGGAAUAGAAGCUCUAGUUUUGUGAUUGAGUGGAGGAAUGGGGUUUUAUUUUGAGUAUUUAAAUUUUUCAUGUGCUGAAAUUCAAUAUGCUGAAGUAAUGUUUCUAAUUCAAGGCUUUAGUCCCAGGUGAAUGUAAAUUUCAUUAUUGUUCCAUGUGUGGAGGUAGCUGAGAGACUAUAGUUAGAAGUUCUGAUUGGCUGUGCUUCAUCAGCAAUCUAAGCACUGCAAUUAUUAUAUGUUUGGGGAAUUUAAUUUAAUUUUUGUCCCUAAAAUGUUGAAUCACACCAGUACUCCUAAUUGUAAUUGUUCUGCAGAGACUGGUGUAGGGGAAUUGAUAUUGAUGUGUUGUAGGUUUCGUAGUAUGUAAGAUGUGGCAGCAGGAGUGUUGUUGCUAUGGGUAGACCAGCCAUGUGAUCUUUGGGGGAGCCAUUCAUUCUCAGGUGCAAGGGAUAAGAUUGUACUGUAUUUUGCUUUUAAAUUUAAAGAAAAGAUUUAAUUUAGGCUUUACUUCAACUAUUAUGGGAUAUUUUUUCUUCCACAGAAGGAAUAAGAUGUAAAAGCUUGUUUUCCUUUCAGGACAGUUUCUAGGUUUAGAGACUGCUUAACUAAAGUUCCCAACUCCUGAAAUUGUUAAAGGGUGUUUUACCAGUUAGGACAAGCUAACGUUUACAUAGAGGAACAGGUUUGAGGAAGUGAAUUGAAUUUUAUGGUGAAGCAGAAGCUUCUGAGCAUAGAUUUUAGUAGAAAUAAAAGUGGAGUUUAAACUAUAAAGGAUGUCUACAUGUGGAAAAUUAAGGAAGAUGAGUUUAAAUCCAUUUUUAAUGAAAGGAAUGUUUAGUGUACACUUUGCAGCAGAAAGAUUGUUAGUACUUUUAAUAAUGCAAGGAGACAAAUGCAGGGUUGAUCGAGUACAUUCACUGCUUGAAAUGCUGAUUCCCAAUUGUUGGUACAUGUUGGGAAGCUAUUAAGUCAGUAUCUUUGAGAAAUUUAAAAAAAAAGCCUAAAUAAAACACACCAAAUCAUGAAGGGUUCUCAAAUUAAUAUUUCUGAAACUCUACAAACGUUUUGGUUUGUUGGGCAAACCCAGUCUAAGUGUUUGCCUUUCCACUUAUGCAAUAAAUCAGUUUAAAAAAAAAAGCAUAAAUUGAACAUAUUGUGCAUCGAGGGUUUAAGCUUAUUGAUCAACACAUUCCAAGCAACCAAGAAAACUUUCUUAACCCUGAUUAGAGUUUGAAGGGGGAAAUAUUUAAUCAAACAUGUACAUAAUAAACAUGCUUAAACUUAUUUACAAGUUUGAGAUUCAGCAUGGUUCAAUUUUGAGAUUCAGCAUGGUUCAAUUUUGAGAUUAAGUGCUAUUGUCAAAUGCAUUUAGUACAAGAAACACUUGUGAAUUUUUCCAUUGUUGUGAGUGGUUUCAAAAUCACUUGUGGCAACAAUGCAUGUGCAUGACUAAUAAGUGAAUAAAUAUUGAAAUGCAAAUUCAGAUGUGUCAUCAUUCUACAUUGUGUAAAGUCCAGACACUGACAUCAUGUUUACUUUAAAAGAAUUAAAUUAUUUGUUACUGCUACUUUGUUGUUGCAUUUUUCAACAGUGCAAUGCAACAUACAACAGGUUUAAAGGCUUGUGGUGGAGGGUAAGCAAUUUCCAAUCAACUUCAACUUGAUUUUACUUCAAGGUAUUGAAAUAUUAUGUAAAUAUUUGGUUUUAGUACUGGCAGAGGUGUUUUGUUUAGAUUAUUUAAAUAUGAACUUUUUUUUCAAUAAAUUUCAGAAGAUUGUUUUGAAAACCAGUACCUAAAUCUUUGAGGCACAAGUACUUCUAACCACUGGCUGUUGGACAAAUGCUUUAGAACUUCACAAUAAGUGGAGAGCUUUUGCCUAAAAGGUCUAUUUUCCUGCUCCUUGGAUGCUGCCUGACCUCCUGUGCUUUUCCAGCACCACACUCUUGACACUGAGGGGUAACAGUACAUUUGUUUUGACAAGUUUAACUGCAACUGGUCUAAAAUCAAGUGUUCCUUUUUUUUUUAGGAAAACAAGUACUGAAAUCAUGAACAGCUUUUCAAUCAUAGG